AUGAAUGAACAAAAACAAGACUGGAACGAAUUACUACAACCAAUUAUUUAUGCGUAUAACACCAGUCAACAUGGCACAACAACAUUUAGUCCAUUUCAGAUUAUGUUUGGUGGAGAAAACUUACUACUUAUGGAUCCGCAACAAAUGAAAGUAUCCCUUUCAAAACCAAAUCAAUAUUAUGAAAAAGUAAAACGAGCUAGAAGCAUUAUUAUUAAUCAUGCAAAAUUGAAUAUUCAACAUCAAAGUAAAUUAGCAAAAAUUAGAUAUGAUCGAAACAGACUAGAUCCAAUAUAUCAUAUCAACGAUUUAGUUCUGAUACGAGUAAUUAAUAAAGUAUCAAAAUUACAAGAAAAAUACGAAGGUCCUUAUCGAAUCAUUGAUCAAAAGGGGCCCUCAACGUUUAUCGUAAAAAUCGAAGAUCCAGAUAAUGAUCAUAAUCCAAAUUAUACAAAACAGGUGACCACAUCUGACAUGAAACCUAUAUGUAUUCGUGAAGAUUGUGAGUAA